CUCCCAGAGUAUGCGCUCAUCAAAGUGACGCACGGUUGUCGACGGCUGCGGGCGCUGGAUGUCGCGCACUGCGUGCACGUCACCGACGCACUCUUGACAGCGCUCGCCCAGUACUGUCCUCGCCUCCACUGCCUCAACUUCAACGGCUGUAAAGAGAUAUCCGACCAAGGCUUGCAUGCCGUGGCCAACGCGUGCUUGGACCUCACCCGAUUAGAGCUCCAGCGCACGGAGUUUCUGUACAAGAUCACCGACAUGAGUCUCUUGUCUCUCUCGGAGCACUGCAAGGUCCUCCAAUACAUCGAUGUGUCGGGCUGCGACCACAUUACGGACGCGGGCUUGAGCUGGCUCGGAUUGGGCUGCGCGGCGCUAACGCAUGUCGACGUCUCGGGCUGUAGCAAGCUCACGGACUAUGCGCUGCGUGCGCUCGCCGAAGGCUGCCUGCAACUGGCGACGCUGGACAUUUCCCACUGCGUGCGCAUGUCGGACGUCGGGCUCCACCUCGUUUCGCUUGGGUGCCACGAACUCUCCGCCCUGCGCAUGAAGGGCCUCGUCUUGGCCUCUGCACACGCCGCCGAGCCGCUCGGUCUGGCAGCGCUCGGUCUUCGGUGCACGCAGCUACAGCACGUCGACUUGACCAAGUGCGUUCGCGUCGACGAUACGGCGCUGCGCAAGCUCCGCUGGCAACACCUUUUGACGCUGACCCUCACGCAGUGCACCAAGAUCUCGAGCGACGGUGUGAGCGCGCUGGCUGCCCACUGCGUCCAACUGACGGCACUUGUGCUCAACGAAUGUACGCUCGUGGACGACCACGCACUCGCGAGCAUCGGCCGGCAUCUGCGCCAGCUCGAGACGCUCAAGCUGCGCAACUGCGACCGCAUUUCCAGCGGCGGGCUCCAGCGUGUCUGUCGCGGCUGCCACCUCCUCACAUCCCUCGACCUCACUGGCUGUGGGUUGAUCGACGACAUGGGGCUCCUUGCGAUCUGCGACGGCCUCGUCAAGCUGCAGUACCUCUGGCUCGUCGGUCUUGGGCGCAUCACGAUGGUCGGCAUGUCGUGGCUCGCCGACCGUUGCACCCACCUCAUGCACCUCGACGUGUCGGCCUCGGCCAUUUCGUUCGCGACGCUCAAGCCGCUUCGGGCGGCGUGGAAGUACGGCGCCUUGCGGGAGAUGGGUGGUCGCCGAGGUAUCUUCCCGCAGCACCGCGCCAACGACAUGCUCUUCAUUGACGAGUACGGGCACUGCUGGAAGGCCGCCAUCAUGAUCCAAUGCCUCUACCGCAGCAAGGUCGCGCGCCGCGCAGCAGCCGCGCAGCGAGACGAUGCGCUCAUGCGCUGGGCCGCUCGACGCAUACAAAGUGUCUUCCGCGGACGGCAAGCACGGCGGUAUGUGUGGGUGCGCCGCAUGCAGCUCCGCAAGCAGACGCAGGCCGCGACGCUCCUCCAGAGUACGUACCGCGCCAAGCGAGCGCGCGACGAAGCGAAGCGGCGGAGGCGCCGCGCCGAGGAAGCCCACAUGCUGCGCAUGGUCGUCCGUAUCCAAACGAGCUGGCGGAGCUUCAUUGCACGACGGGAGCUGGCCACGUUGCGUCGGCUUGUGCACGCUCGGGCUGUCGCACGGGACACGGCCGCGCGCAUUUUGCAGCGCGCCAUGCGAUGUUUCAGUUGGCGCCAGCGCUGCCGUGCCCACCAUCAGGUUGUGCUAGCACACCAUCGGAAGCAAGAGGCCGCGGCGCGCAAGCUGCAAACCAUCUACCGCGGGCGCGCGGCGCGGUCUGUCGCGCGGCGGCUGCGACAAGAGAUGGCCGCGUGCAUCGCCGAGCGAGAGAGAGCGGCCACCGAGCUCCAGCGCGCACUGCGGCGGCGGCGCGAGCGCCGUCUCUUCUUCGACCGCGUGCACCGCCGGGUCGCCGAGGCUGCCGCGGCCACACGGGUCCAGCGACGCUUUCGUGCGCGCCGUGCGAUGCUACAGCACCAAACGUUCCAGUUACUGCAGCACAAGAAGGCGCUGGUCGUGGCGGCACGCAAGGUGCAAAGUGCGUGGCGUUGCAAACAAGGUCGCAUGGGCAUGCAGAUGCUAAAGUUUCUAAAGGAUGCCGAGUUUGAAGCGCGCUCCGCCGCCGCGACAAAGCUCCAGACAGUCUACCGCGGUCGUCGGGCGCGACAGCAGGCCGCGCAACUGCAAAGCGACGCCAUGCGCCGCCUGCUCGCCCAAGCCACCCUGCUACAUGCGUCGGCCACGCAGAUUCAAGCUGGCUGGCGGGGGAAGAAAGGCCGUGACCGGUACAAGGCCGCGGUCCUGGCGCGCAAGAAGCGAUGGAAGCAAGUGCCCAACCCCGAAAACGGCACCACGACCUACUACCACCAAGACACGGGCGAGAUUCGACACCGCAUGCCCCAGGACAUGCUCGACCUCUUGCCGCGUCCCAAGUGCAACGACUGCGACGUCGCGGACGCGGCCAACGAGUGCCAAGACUGCCAGGAGUUCUUCUGCAAAGCGUGCUAUGAGGCCAUCCACGCCGGCGGGCGGCGCCGGCGACACGCCUUCCGCGCGCUGUACGACUACUACGGCAAGCGUAUCGACUAUGGCGACGGCGAGUUCCCGUCCCUCUGGCCGUCCGAGAUGGAGCAAGACGAGCUCGACGGCUGGUUCCUUCGCGUCGGCGAGUCGCGGUCCCCAGACGUGGUGCUUGGAGACUGGGAAAAGUACAUUGACCACGAGGCGCGGCGCGAGUGUGAGCUCGUACGUGCCGCCGGAGGCGUUCACCGCGUCGGCCGACGACGGUGCAUGGCGUGGGUGCGCAAGGUGGACGUGACCAACAACGUGGCGUACUUCUUCAACGAAAAGACGGGCCAGCGCACGUUCGAUCGACCGACAAGCUUUGUCGAGCCGAUGGUCUCGAUCUACGCGCCCGUCCAGCUCGGCGAGUGGACGCAGUACUGGGACGAGGCCAACCAGGUGUACUACUACUUCAACAGCGUGACGCUCGAGUCGACGUAUACGCCGCCGACGCUGGCAUGA